AUGGCAAUGCUUCGGGCGUUCCUGCUUCUCUUGCCUUGUGGCGUUGUCGCCGGAGACCCCGCAGGCGUGGCGAGAGCCGAACAGGAUUUCGAGCUGCCGGCGGGAAGUGGCCAAAAUGAUGCCCUGGAUGCCUUAGAGGCGGCGAAGGAUGACGAGGCUGGAGGAGGCCUCGUGGAAGAGUGGGACAAGCACAUGGAGGGCUUUACCCCAGAGCUCCUUCUGACAUUCCCACUGCCGGGCCGGAGUGAUGAGUUCUUUUAUGAGGACAUCCCGGAGAACUCCCCGCCGGUCCUCAUCCGCGGCGGCUUCUUCGCCUCUGCAUCGGAGGUUCGCCAGGGGUGA